AAAGAGAGGAUAUGUAGACUUUCACACAAGUCUAUAGAUUCUUAACACAUCCUGAAGCUUGAAUGGCAAAGAAACAUCACAUAGAGCUUCGGAUGUGGGGGCUCAGGAACCGUUUCCAUUCACUUACAGCAAUUCUAGUGAUCGUCCUAUUCAUUGCUACUGUCUAUCUCGCAGAAGAGAAUAGAUGGUUGGAGGAAAACCCAACGCCACCUGACAACUCCGGCGACUUGCUAUCCCGGUGUAACCUGUUUUCCGGCAGAUGGGUGUUUGACAAUUUGUCAUACCCUCUAUACUCGGAGCAAAAAUGCUCGUUCAUGUCCGACCAGUUGGCUUGCGAAAAGUUUGGUCGAAAGGACUUGAAAUAUCAGAAUUGGAGGUGGCAGCCACACCAGUGUGACCUCCCAAGGUUCAAUGCCACAGCAUUGCUUGAGAGGCUUAGAGGGAAAAGGCUUGUUUACGUGGGAGACUCGCUUAACAGGGGCCAGUGGGUAUCAAUGGUCUGUCUCGUGGAUUCUGUAAUCCCUCCUGGUCUCAAGUCGAUGCAUAACAAUGGCUCUUUAAGUUCCUUCAAGGCGACGGAAUACAAUGCAUCAAUCGAAUUCUACUGGGCGCCUCUUCUGGUGGAAUCUAACUCAGACGACCCAGUAAACCAUCGUCUACCAGAUCGGAUAGUCAGAGUCCAGGCAAUCGAGAAGCACGCUAGACACUGGACGGACGCAGAUAUACUCGUCUUCAAUUCCUAUCUUUGGUGGAAACGAGACAAAAUGAAAGUUUUGUGGGGAUCAUUCGAAAGAUCAGAUGGUGUCUACAAGGAGGUGGAGAUGCUGCGAAGCUAUGAAAUGGCUCUCAAGACAUGGUCGGAUUGGUUGGAAAUCCAUGUGAAUCGCAGCAAGACCCAAUUGUUCUUCGUUAGCAUGUCGCCCACYCACUUCUGGGGAGAUGAAUGGGGAAUGGAGGAGGGGAACUGUUACAAUGAGACAGAGCCAAUAGAAAAAGGACACUGGGGAAGAGAUUCAGAUCCCAAGAUGAUGCGUAGAGUUGAGGCAGCAAUCGAUGAGCUCAGAAUGAGGGGGGUGAAGGUACAGAUGCUUAACAUCACGCAGCUCUCUGAGUACAGGAAAGAAGGUCACCCUUCCAUAUACAGGAAGCAGUGGGAGCCACUCACCCAAGAACAACUCUCCAACCCUACUUCCUACUCUGAUUGUAUCCAUUGGUGCCUUCCAGGUGUACCAGAUGCCUGGAAUGAGAUCUUGUAUGCCUACAUUCUUUCCUCUUAAUUAAUUCAUAUACUAGAAUUGAAGA